CCGCCCCCGCCCCGCCCAGCCCCGGCGGCUCCCGCAAGUUGCGGGGCGGCGGAGGAGCGGCGGGGCUGCUCCGCCGGGCAGGGCAGGGCAGGGCAGCGCUCGGGGAGGCGCCGGAGUUUGCCCACCCGGCUGCCGCCUCCCCGCCCCUUCGCCGUGUUUUCUUGUCUUGUUUUGGGCGGCUGCGGAGGGAAACGCUUCGCUCUCCGCGCCGGAGCCGGCGCCCGCCGCGAUGUGGAUGCGUAUGGAGGAGUCCUCGUGAAAGCAGCUCCCGACGUUUCCCCACACACACACAAAAAAAAAAACCACCAAAAAAAACCAAACCCAAACAAACCACCCACUCGGACAAUUAAAACGGUUUUUGGCAGCAUCCAGUGUUGCUAAGGGUGAUUUAAUUCCUACUUCCAGUCCAGUUCCCAGAGGCAGCUUUUCCAAGCUGAUUCUAAACGCAGGAGAUGGUAACUGCUACGAGUAAAGAUCACCUUUAAAAGGGAACAUGGAUUUAAUAAACUCAACUGAUCAAAACAGUACAUCAGAACCGUUCAAAUGGGUGACAUCCAAGAUUCUCAUUUCCAUUACCCUGUCUGUGCUUGCUCUAAUGACAACGGCCAUCAAUUCUCUCGUGAUGACUGCGAUAAUUGUGACAAGGAAGCUCCACCACCCGGCCAACUAUCUAAUCUGCUCUCUUGCAGUGACUGAUUUCCUUGUGGCAGUCCUGGUGAUGCCCUUCAGCAUUGUCUACAUUGUAAAGGAGACCUGGAUCAUGGGGCAGGUGGUGUGUGACAUUUGGCUGAGCGUGGACAUCACGUGUUGCACGUGUUCCAUCCUGCAUCUCUCUGCCAUUGCUCUGGACCGGUACAGAGCGAUCACGGACGCUGUGGAAUAUGCACGGAAAAGGACACCUAAGCACGCUGCCAUCAUGAUAGCAGUGGUGUGGAUCAUAUCCAUUUUUAUCUCCAUGCCGCCCUUGUUUUGGCGGCACCAGACGGCCAGCAGGGACGACGAGUGCAUCAUCAAACACGACCACAUAGUUUUCACCAUUUACUCCACAUUUGGCGCCUUCUAUAUCCCUCUGGCCUUGAUUCUGAUCCUCUAUUACAAGAUAUACAAGGCAGCAAAGACAUUUCACAGGAGAAGUGUCAGCCGGAUCGUGAGGGAGGAGGGGGGGGUAAAUGGACAAGUCCUUUUGGACGCAGGUGAAAGAAGCACCAAAUCAGCUUCAAUGCCCAGCACGGCAGAGAAGACAUCAGAUCCCCUGGUGAACUCUGAUAAAAUCAACAUCACCCUGCGAAGCCCCAGGUCUGAAUCUAAGCAUGAAAAGUCCUGGAAAAAACAGAGAAUCUCUAGCACAAGAGAGCGAAAGGCAGCAACUACGCUGGGUCUGAUCCUGGGGGCGUUUGUGAUCUGCUGGCUCCCUUUUUUUGUAAAAGAAGUAGUUGUUAAUACCUGUGAAAGAUGUCACAUCUCAGAAGACAUGUCUAAUUUCCUAGCAUGGCUGGGAUAUAUAAAUUCCCUUAUUAACCCUUUAAUCUACACCAUCUUUAAUGAAGAUUUCAAGAAAGCCUUCCAGAAGCUUGUGCGGUGUAGGCAAUACUUUUAAGAGUUUUUCUUCAUAUAAGGAGAACAUACUCAUUGUUUUUUAACCUGUAUAAAUUUAUAUAACUGAGAUGACAUGUGUUGCAUUUAGGGAAAAGCACCAAGACUCCGCAUUUACAUUAUGACUUUUUUUGUAUAAGUAGUAUUGGGAGCAUAAAUUGCCCAAGUUUUAAAGCGAUGGAUCAUCUGGGAUCAGUUUUGCUCUAGAAAAACAGGUAGCAUAUUGUGGUUCUGAUCCAGUUGGGAUUUGCACAGCUGCCUAGCUUGAAGCAUAAGGUGUUACCUUAAAUAUGAAGGAAAUACACAUUUUUUUUUUUUUAAGUAACCCUCAAGCAUCAAUGAAAUUUCAGGUAAAACAACACACAGCUUUUAAACCCUACUGAUAUAGGAUAGAAAAUACACCAUGGAAUUGCCACAUGAUUUUAUUGGUAUGGCACAGGCCUGCAGCAUAGAGCCAAGCCAUUCCCAGCAAAGGGUAAUAGCUUUAUAUAUAUCUAGCAUCAUCCUACCUUGAUGAGCUGAGUGCAGCUGCAGCCCUGCCUUCUCCCAUAGAGGAAGGUCUUCCCUGUGUUUCACCCCCACAGCACCCCUGCAGCAGGCAAUGUGCUGGUUUCCAGUUUCACAGCAAGCCGGUGUUGUGAGCCCUCUGCCACUGCACACCCCCAGCAGGCAUGGCCAGAGCCCCAAGGGAAACAGCCAAAUACCUGGGGCACCUCCAUUAAGCUGGGUAUGCAUCAUGUCCAGUGCUCUGAGGCACCACUUCCAUAGGGACUGGGGAGAGAAAGCUCAUAAAGAGCAGCUGGUCUUCCUCAUGGAGAUAUUAGAAGAGAAGUAUAAGACACUUCUCUUUUCAUGUCCUCACACACCUGGCCAGGCACAGAACCUGUGGCUUGCAGCUCCAAACCCAACCACAGAGUUUGUUCCAGGACCCUCAGAGAGCUGCUGCUGGAGGGUGGCUUAGUGAGGUUUGGGUGAGGGCCACCUAAUGAAGAACUGGCGCUGACAGCUCUGGCUCAGCAAGUUCAGCCUUCCAACCUCAGAAGCCCGGUGUGCCCCAGGUCUUCUCUUGACUGCCUCAAGCACUAGGGCUGUGCACCCUCUUCCCAAGCAUGUGAGAAAGCACCAAGGCUCCCUGGAAAAGGCUGUGCAGCAACUUCUGCAGCCAGGGCAGAUGGAGUGACCUCAGUAUGCAGUGCAUUCCUGGGCAGAGGAUCCUGUGGGACACACUUUGGCAGGCACCUCUAAACCAAUCUUUCCCCCAGAGCAUCUAGUCCAUAUCCCCAGUCCCAGAAUAGCUAAAAGGGCCUUGCAGUCACAUCCCUGGCCAGUUUGUUCAGUCAAAAGUAACAUCAAAGAAUAAAUCCCUUCUAAGGCCUCAAAGAUGGCACCUUGGCCAAUUCUGAUUGGCAUGUUCUGGAUGCCAAGCCACACUGCAAGACCAACCCUCACCUCAAAACCAGCAGUGCAAGUUUGCUGACAGCCAAGGGUACUAACAGAGCAAGGGGCAUUUGCCCCUGCCUGCAGUUGAGUCGCUAAGAGCCACACCAGGACCCAGGGACAGGUUUUGCACUUUUCAGGACAAGCAGAUUCAGGCUAUGUCACUAAGAGCCCAGCUUCAAACUCAUUGCCAGACAUGCAGUGCUGCCUCACAGGGACUGGAGGUUCCUUACAUGAACUACAAACCUGGCUGACAGCAGCAAUAUCCUACUACAAUUUGGCACCUGGGCCAGCAGCUUAGGAACACCACAAAGAAACUGAGACAUGAGACUAGCGUGCUCACCCUUAGUUCAGGAAAGGUGUCACUGGUCUCUGCAAUUGUUCUCCUAAGAGACUUUCAGUGGUUUGUAUUUCUCUCUCCCCCUCUCCCUACCCUGUAUUACAAAUUCUGGAGUUUAAUAAUUUUUGUAUUUUGCUCGCUGGCUACCAGCUGAGACAACAGCUGUCAGUCAGAAGAGUUUCUUACAAUAUGAUGAGGUUUGAAACUUGAGAUAUUGAACUAAUUUGUUUCUGUCACCUGCAACUUACUGUAUUCUGCUUUCCUAUCAGGGUCCAAAUGAAAUGCUAUUUAGAACUACUAGAAAGGGUGCAUUUGCUUCACCAUUGGUUUUAAUGCAGCCAGGAAUCACUUGUCAUGUAUAUGUAGCUCUAGCACAGCAGUAGCACAGCUAAAUUUUGAGGAUACUAGGAUGUGACAGAAUGGAAUUGGCUCAUGCUCAGUGCAAGCUUAGUGCACUUCACUACAAUUGCAGCCAGAGCACAGCCCCUGUGACCUCAGCAAUGGCUGCAUUAAGCUGAAAGAAAAAAUUGCUUUAAGCAUCAGCUGUGCUCUGCCAUCUCCAGAAAGGGCCACGAAAUAUAGCUUUCUAAAAGGAUUAGCAGAUUAGCAGGAGGCAGCAAAGAAAACCCCACUGAAACAUUUAAUAUUGAAGAUCUGUUUCCCAUGUUUACUGAGUAUUGACUCAUAAUACUGUUUAUCUGGAGGCAUCUAUUCCUCUCCCCUGCUUCUCCCUUUGUGACUGCUGGAGUAUGGAGUGUUUUGUUUAUCCUCUUACACGUAAGAUGUUUGACAAUAUCUUGUGAAAUCAAAUUGGAAGAAAAAAUAGGGGCUGCUUUUUAGUAGAAAAGAUACUUAAAAUACUCAUUUAAAUAAUAAUGGAUAAAACUCAAAGAAUGGAACCAUAUGUAGAUAAACAGAAAAUAGCUGUCAUUUAUGCACUCUUAACAGUAUUAUACUCUGAACCUAAUUAAGAUGCUGAACAUUUCUCAAGAUGCAGGGUGGCUUCUUCUGUAUCGUUUUCACUGAGCUGUAUCUGCUCACCCUUCAAUACCCAGUGGUGGAAGAGGCAACUACAAGAAAUCUAAUCAAACGAGUGGGCACUUACUCUAUUAAAAGCACUUGCGGCUUGUGGACCAUCA